UUAAAGACAUGCACCAUCACCCUUACUGGGAUCACUAUUUUUAAAUGUUUCUUAGUGCAAGGAGAGUGGAAAGUAGAGGCUGGGGCAGGGAGUGAAAUAAAAACAUUUGAGUUUCUAUAGCUCAGUGCUAUAAUUUGGUUUCCUAUGGGGUUUUUGUUUCCAUAGAAUCUCGGCCACUUGGGCUGUGCUAAAAAUAAAAAUAAAAACGCCUCGUUAGAGCCUAGCUGGUAGUUAGAGCACUGUGAUGACAGGUGUGGGCAUCCUGGAAAAGAGGUUUGCCUUGGCUCAGGUGCAGUGAGGUGGUGGAGGCACAGCUCUUCACCUUCAGUUGCUGGGCAAGGGAGCAAAGCAGAGGCAGGCUGAUCUCUAAGUUUAAGGUCAGCCUGAGCUGAUACAUGGUUCCAGGCCAGCCAGGGCUACGUCUCCAAACAGACUGCUGCUGCAGGUCUGCAAGGUCUCAUUUCAUGUUUGGACCAGUGCAAGUUGGGAGUUGUAGGAGGUACAGUAAUGGCCCUCAACAAUGUCUGUUUCCAGUCACCAGAACCUGUGCUUCACCUCAUACAGGACAAGGGGGACUCCAGAAGGGAUUACAGAUCCUAGUGAUGGGGAGAUUGUCUUCUGCGGUAUGGUAGGCUCUGUCACAUAAGUUCUUCAAUGUGGAGCACAAGUAUGCAGACUCCCUGGAGGCCUCCAAGCCAGACCUGCAACUUACAGCUGUUAAGAUUGUGUGACUUCAAACCAUUGUUUGAGUUAAGGCAAUGGUGGAAAACAAACGCCUGCAUUAUUCUGUUUUAUUAUGAGGAAACCUGUUGAAAGGGGUCACACGCUUUGCAGUUAGAAGUGGAGAAAUCCAGGCCAAGUAUAUCCAGCUCAAGUGCCCAGUUCCUCUUGAGACUAAGCAUGGUAAAACUGCUCUACAGCUUUGUAUUUGUGUCGCGGCCCCUUUAAGACCUCAGGAGGCGGUGCUUAUGGCAGUUGCUUGGAAACCACCUAGCUCUCAGGACGCAAGGUUUUCCUUCAAUCUGCAGGCCUGACCAGAACAAGUGGGUGAGCACCCUAAGGUAGUCCUGUGUGUGCAGCAACAACUUAAAGUCUUGGACGAGUUCCUUCCUUAGUCUUCCAAGACUUGAGCCGGUGCUUGAUUGAUGAGAUGCAGGGGAUCCUGCAGCUGAGUGGAGUGGUGCUGGGAGCCAAGCCCAGAGAAAAAGCCGGUUUGCAGUUUACUUGUGCAAUAAUACGGCGAUUUUUGUAAGAAUAGGGGUCGGGAUAUCACUAUAAGAAGCAAGUUAGUUUUAGCUGUAGUUUGAAUUUCACUAGUAGAGGACCAAAAAAAACAAAGGUUCAAAAGAUUGAGCCCAGGUUGUCAGGCUUGUAGCAAGAACCUUUGCCUACAGAGUCCUCUCUCCCACGCCAACCUUAUUUUCUUGGACAAGGUCCGCUGCUGAACCUGGAGCUCCUGUGUGAUCUAAACUGUAAAACCCAUCCAUGCUUUGAAACAACACUUCAGCCUACCAAAGGAAUCGUUGGCUAACUCUGUAUCUAAGGUAAACUCUACCUCUUCCAAAGGCCAUGGUGAAAGAAAAGAAAAAAGCAGACAAGAAAGGUGAUAAGUCGGCCCGCUCUCCGUCCUCCAAUUCGGAAAACCCAGAGGCUUUCAAAGAUGGCGCUGGGAAGCAGGAAAUACCGGCUGGUGCCCUCCCAGUAUUGGAAAUGCCACUCAAGCAGUUGGCACCCAAAAGAGACUCUGCAAAUAUGUAUCAGAAUGAAGAUGAAACCCAGUAUGAAGAGCCCAUCCUGACCAAACUCAUUGUGGAAAGCUAUGAAGGAGAAAAAAUCCGAGGACUGUAUGAGGGAGAAGGCUUCGCUGUCUUUCAAGGUGGAAACACCUACCAUGGUAUGUUUUCAGAAGGACUGAUGCACGGACAAGGGACUUACAUCUGGGCUGACGGACUGAAAUACGAGGGAGACUUUGUGAAGAAUAUCCCCAUGAACCAUGGCGUGUACACAUGGCCAGAUGGCAGCACUUAUGAAGGAGAAGUGAUCAACGGCAUGAGGAAUGGAUUUGGUAUGUUCAAGUGUGGCACACAGCCUGUGUCCUACAUCGGCCACUGGUGUCAUGGCAAGAGACAUGGGAAGGGCUCCAUCUAUUACAACCAAGAGGGAACCUCUUGGUAUGAGGGAGACUGGGUAUACAACAUCAAAAAGGGCUGGGGAAUAAGAUGCUACAAGUCAGGAAACAUAUAUGAAGGCCAGUGGGAGAACAAUAUGCGUCAUGGGGAAGGCAGAAUGAGGUGGUUGACCACAAACGAGGAGUACACUGGCCACUGGGAGAAGGGGAUCCAGAAUGGCUUUGGAACAUACACAUGGUUUCUAAAGAGAAUCCCCAACUCUCAGUAUCCUUUGAGAAAUGAAUACAUAGGAGCAUUUGUAAACGGAUUCCGUCACGGACAUGGGAAGUUUUACUAUGCCAGUGGAGCAAUGUAUGAGGGAGAAUGGGUUUCCAACAAAAAGCAUGGCAGGGGCAGGAUAACUUUCAAGAACGGACGAGUGUAUGAAGGUCUGUUUUCCAAUGACCACAUUGCACAGUACCUUGAAACUGAAAUCGAUUAUACACGCAGCCUGGACCGUCGGUCAGAUGUCUCCCAAAGGAGCCAGCCGCCUUGGGGAUCUUCUGCCAGUGCUAUUAGGGAGCCUGAGACCCUGCGAAAGUUGGACGGCAGCGAAAGCCAUUCCGUGUUAGGAUCAAGUAUUGAACUGGACUUAAAUUUGUUGCUGGACAUGUACCCUGAGGAAACCCAAGAAGAAGAAAAGAAGCAGGUGGAAUACGCAGUCGUGAGGAACAUUUCGGAGUUAAGGAGAAUCUACUGCUUCUACAGCGGCCUCGGGUGUGACCACUCUCUGGAUAACACCUUUCUCAUGACCAAGCUUCACUUCUGGAGAUUUCUGAAAGACUGCAGGUUUCACCAUCACAAUAUCACCCUUGCAGAUAUGGACAGGGUGCUAAGUGUCUAUAAUGGCAUACCAAUCGAAGAAAUCCACUCUCCGUUCAGAACUAUACUCUUAAGAACAUUCCUUAAUUACCUCCUGCAGUUGGCUCACCACAUCCAUCACAAAGAGUUCCAGAACAGAAGCCCAUCACUCUUUUUGUGUUUUACAAAACUGAUGAAUGAGAACAUUCAUCCACAUGCCUGCCAGGUAAAAGGUCAUUUAUUCAGUGAGCAACAGCGAACGCUCUACUCAAUGAAUUAUAUCGAUAAGUGUUGGGAGAUUUACACGACCUACUGCAGACAAAACGAAGCCCCACCCUAUGAGCUAACAAUGAAGAUGAGGUAUUUCCUCUGGAUGCUGAAAGACUUUAGGAUGAUAAACAAGGACUUAACCGCAACCAAAUUUAUGACUGUGAUAGCAGAGGACAACCCUUUUGUGUAUGACGGAACUGACAGCAACUUUGAACUUGAGCUGGUUUUCCUGGAAUUCUUUGAAGCUCUCUUAUGCUUCUCACUCUGCUGCAUUUUUGACCGGAUGACUAGAUCCUAUUUAAAAGUUCCAUAUGAUGAUGCUACUGGAAACCGAUACGGCAGCAUUCCCACAAUACUCAACCAGAGCAACCACAGGAGCCCAAGUGCGAUCACGAGCCAUGAUUCUGAAGUCCACUUCAGCAGCACCAAGUCGUCUUCUGACAAGACAGGAGUUUUGCCUGACAGUAAAAUCAGGAAGUCAGAGUCCAAGCUCAAGAAAUCCCUAAGUGAGGACAAAGACUCCAAAAUGAACCUCAAGAAUCAAGGAAGAGGGCUGGUGUUUAUGUCCCCACACGAGAAAUAUGAAAAACCCAAAGAUGAGCAGAAAGAGAAACUCAACAUAUGGGUGAACAACCUCUAUGUCUUCUUUGUGAGUGUGCUUUUCAGCGCCUACAAACGUGAGGAGAUGCUCAAGGGGAAGAUAAAGGAGAACCGGCUGGAGCAAGCAGCACUGGCUCAGCAGAGGCAGAUAGAGGAUGAAGAGCUGGAAGCCAGGCUGAACAUCCUACGGGAAGAAGAGGCCAAGAGACAAGACUUCGAUAUUGACAUCACUGUGUUAAAGGAGCCAUUGGAAGCUCCAUCUUCGCUGCCACUCACACCCAGCCCUCCUAAAGAGGACUUAGUUUCCACCCAGACCAGCAAGACCAGCCCUGGCAAGAAGAAGAAGAAGUGAAGAAAGACAGCACCACUUUGAGAAGCAGCUGAAAUCACCUGGUG